AUGUCACGCACAGGCCAAGAUCAGCUCUCGCAGCUACCCACUGAACUCCUGGUUCAGAUCUUCGAGGAAUGUACCGACUUUAGUUCACUCUGGAGCCUUAUUCAUGUAUCCUCGCGUAUGUCAUCCGUGUUCAAUGGACGGGCCUGUGACAUCGCCAAUGCCAUUUUAAACACGAAAGUUCCGGCUCAAACUCGGGCUUUCAUGCAAGCCGUCUUGUCAAUGCACAAUAAUACUUACCAAUACGGUCCUGCGAAAAAGCCCAUGAGCGGCAACGACAUGUGGGACAAUGCUCCGUUAUUCGAGAGCGUGUCUGGAACGCCGUCACAGAUAAAGUGGUUGAUCAGGCUCGCCCAUCAUGUCCACGUUUUGUCUCACAUGAACAUCGAAACCUGCAUCCAGAGAUGUCUUCAAGGUACGCUCGGUCAACGACAGUACCCUGAGGGAUUUGAAGUUCCAACGUGGACUGAAGAGCAACGUAGUCUACUGUCGUUCUGGCACGUGGUAUAUCUCAACGAACUCAGAAUAGAAGGGCGCAAAGGCUCACUAGGGUGGCCAUCUGGUGUAUUGAAACAGUCAGGCUCUCUUUAUGCAUAUGUUUCCAAGGGGUUAUUGCCUUGGAAGAAGCUUCUGACAGCGGUUGACUACAUUGUAGGGAUACUCUUGCUAUCGCCAGAAGAAAGGGUGCUAGCUUAUUCAGACAUGUCCCAAUUACCUCCAAUACCUAAGGGGAGGGAAUUCGGCUGGGUUUGUCAGCCGCCUCCCUCGUGUCAGGCGGUUACCCAAGGCUGGAAACCUGAGGAUAACCCCUGUGGACUAACGCCAGAUUCCAACCCAGAGGUUGGCCAGAUAAGCACUAUGGCAGCACAUAGGACCAGUGGCCAGGUUGAAACUCAAGUUCAAGAGUCAACCCAAGCCCCGCGUCCUGCAAGGCUGUAUUUUUACGGAUCGUCUUCCUCGUCAACUGACGGUGAAUCCGAAUCGAGCGAGGAAGACGACGAAGGUGACGAAGAUGACGAAGAUGACGAAGAUGACGAAGAUGACGAAGAUGACGAAGAUGACGAAGAUGAUGAAGAUGAUGAAGACUGCGAAGACGAAGGAUCAAGCUCAGAUUCGAGCUCCGGCAAUAACUACUACUGCGGAAAUUAUUUUAGAGCGCGGGCCAUACGAAGAAUGCAGGUCAGACGAGGUCUACUCGUCCGAUGGAGGCCACAACCGAUUGACUUUGGCCCAGCGUUCAAGAGAGAGGAGGAGUAUUUGAACCUGGAUAGGGACUCAGUCGGCCUGCAGUUCUGGAUGAACAUGAUACACAGCCCCAAGGCGGGACCUGGAAAGUACGUUAGUUUCGAUGCUUAUGUCCGGUACGGUUUCGCACUAUGGGAAGAGCAGCGAAUGAUUAAACUUGGGUUGUGGUCAAAUGAUUUAAUUGAGGACAUGUCAGAGUAUUAUCAUAGAUGGCACAGGUUUCUUACCCCGGAGGAUAUUGUUCGCUACAAGGCCAGAUACCGAUUUUAG